CGAACGCCGUUGUCAUGGGCCGCUCAGAACGGGCAUGAAGCUGUCGUGAGACUGUUGCUUGCCACCGGCGCAAACAAAACAUCGGCCGAUAAGUCACGCAUGACACCUCUGUUGUGGGCCACCCGGGGCAACCAUCAAGUCGUUGUGCAGCUGCUACUCGGCAAUGACAUCGAUGCUAUCUCACCAACUGAAGACGACCAAACACCACUA